UCAUGAUUCCCUGUAUUUUACAGAUCGUGGUUCCUGUAGCUAUAUACCAUGCCUUCAUUCGCCCAGAAGAGGACUAUCAUCGUUGCUAUCGUCGUAGUUUUCUGUACCUUUGUCAUAUUACGGCAGACUAAAACGAAGACAACCACGGACAUCAGGGCUGAAAGUUCGGUGAUUAAGUUCCUGAAAUGGCCAGGCGAGUUUACAUCGGCAGUUUCUUCUAUGUUCAAUGGACAAUCUAUCCCAAGUAUGGCCCAGAUUCCAGAAACAACUAUUCUGCAAAAUAUGAAACUUGGCGAAAUAUCAGACCUAUAUUUCAGGUAUGUGAACACACUGCAGGUGUUUUGUCCCGUGAAGAAUAUAUACGGAGGCGUUAGGUCAGGCUGGUACACCUGCGAGGUUGCCACCAAGGCAGAUCAGCCAUGCGUGUCCUACAUGAUAACAUCCAAAGAAAAAGAUGCCAUUGUUGAUGCCUUUUUUAAGGAGAUUGGACAAGACUACAAAUGUGAGAAAAACGUGAUUUUGAACAGUACAAUGACAGCCGAGAAAAACUCCCCCGAUACUGACGCCACAUCGUCGGUCGCAGUGCUGAAGUCAAAGAAACAUGUCGACUAUAUGGUCAUGGACGUACAGGGAGGCGAGACACAGUUACUCUCGUUCAUGUUAAAGAACGGCCUGCUGAGGACCGUCGGCCAACUGAUAGUAACAUUCCACGGAAUCAAAGCUGACAGCAACGAGGCCGUGUACGUGGAGCAUCUACAGGUCCUCAGGGCACUUUACCAAGAGGGUUACAGGACCUUCCACUUUAACAGGCAGAUUCAGUGCUUGUUCUCGGGAAAUCCGAUGAAAACUGGCUGCUAUACACUUUCAAUGAUGCGCGAAAUGCCAAUCCAUGGUCCCCUCGAAGUGUUUACCCCAGAGCUCAUCAAAACUCAACCGCUCAACGCUUUGGCUUCGUUGUAUCAUAAGCUUCUGGUGUCAACACAAGUCCACUGUAAAGAGGUGGUCCGUAUAGGAAAGGUUGAUGACGGGGGCUGGGACAUUUGUAACGACACGGAGUACAGACCCUCCUCCCCUUGUAUUGUGUAUUCCUUUGGAGUGGCAGGAGACUGGUCGUUUGAUGACGAAGUGUCCAGGAUUUAUGGAUGCGAAGUGCAUUCUUUUGACCCAAGUAUUGGAAAACAGGAUCACAAGAGAUCGGACAAAAUAACCUUUCACAACCUUGGACUGUGGGGAAAGCCUAAAGGACAACAUGGGAAAUGGAAAAUGAUGAAUCUCGAGGGGAUCAUGCAGAUGUUAGGACAUACCAAUAAAAAAAUUGAUAUAAUCAAAAUGGACAUAGAGUCGUCAGAGUGGUCAGCUAUUCCUGAUAUGAUAUCGACCGGAGUCCUGAAGAAAGCAAGACAAUUCAAUGUUGAAUUCCACAACAACCAUAAUCCACAUGAGAGUUUCCGUUCAAAAAUGUCAAUUCUGCGUGGCAUAAACGAUCAGGGUUUAAAGCUGUUCUGGUCUCAUCCUAAUACAUAUAAUGUCAAACAAUUCGGCCCGACAGGAAGACAGGUUACUGCUUGUUAUGAGAAUUACUAUCUAAAUCCAAAUCUCAAAAAAACAAAUGCGUGAAUGAUAGUGCACUUUAUAAUAAACU